AUGUGGAAUCAUUCCUGGAGCAGAUACCGGCACGGGGAAUCAUUCCAGGAGUGGAUACUGGCACGGGGAAGCAGUCCUGGAGCGGAGACCAACACGUGGAAGCAGUCCCGGCACGGGAAAGCGGUUCUGGAGCAGAGACCGGCACGGGGAAGUAGUCUCGGAGUGGAGACCAGAGAGGGGAAGCAGUCCCGGAGCAGAGACCGGCUUGGGGAAGGCGUUAGUCCCGGAGUGGAGACCGGCAUGGGGAAGCAGUCCCGGAGUGGAGACCAGAGAGGGGAAGCAGUCCCGGAGCAGAGACCGGCAUGGGGAAGGAGUCAUGGUGUGGAGACCGGCACGGGAAAGCAUUCCUGGUGCAGAGACCGGCACUGUGAAGCAGUCCUCGAGCAGAGACCGGCACGGGGAAGCAGUCCUCGAGCGGAGACCAGUGAGGGUAUGCAGCCCCAGAGCAGAGUUUGGCAUGGGGAAGCAGUCCUGGAGCAGAGACAUGCAUGCGGAAGCAGUCCCGGAGCAGAGAUCGGCAUGGGGAAGCAGUCCUGGAGCGGAUACCGGCACGGAGAAGCAGUCCUGGAGCGGAUACUGGCACGGAGAAGCAGUCCCGUAGCGGAGACCGGCACGGAGAAGCAGUCCUGGAGCGGAGACCUGCACGGGGAAGCAUUCCUGCAGCUGAUACCGGCACAGGGAAGCAGUCCCAGAGCGGAGACCGGCACGGGGAAGCAGAGACCGGCACGAGUAAGCAGUCCUGGAGCGGAGAACGGCACAGUGAAGCAGUCACGGAGCGGAGACCAGCACGGGGAAGCAGUCCUGAAGCGGAGACUGGAACGGGGAAGCAGUCCCGGAGCAGAGACCGGCACGGGGAAGCAGUCCCGCAGUGGAGACCGGCACGAGGAAACAGUCCUGGAGCAGAGACCGGCACGGGGAAGCAGUCCUGGAGCGGAGACUGGCUUGGGGAAGCAGUCCUGGAGCGGAGACCGGCACGAGGAAACAGUCCUGGAGCGGAGACCGGCACAGGGAAGCAGUCCUGGGCAGAGAUCAGCACAGGGAAGCAGCCCUGGGCUGAGGCUGGCGCAGGAAGAGAGUUCCAGAGAAAACCUAUCUUGGAGCAGCUGACAGUCGGUGCAGAGCAGACUAAAGGUUUGGAGCAGAGCAGGACUGGGGUCGCUGGACUGGGGUCUGGCGCGGGUGGUCAGAUCACAUGCGAAAGGCCCCACGUUGUGUUUAUUUGUAUUAUGUUUAUCUGAUUAUAAUGUCUACCCUUUUAACUAUGUUUUCUUUCUAACUUAUACAAUGAAUCACUGUAAAGUAAUGUA